UUCUCACGUGAUUGUCUCACGUAUCGUUAUGGCGGAAACUGCGGAAAAGGAGCCUGUGACUGAUGAAGAAACAACAGAUGAAUCUGAGGAAGAUGUCAGUGAAGAAGAGCCCAAACUGAAGUAUGAAAGGCUUUCUAAUGGAGUUGGAGAAAUUAUUCAAAAGGAUAUAGCCAGUUGCAUGACAAUCCAUGAGAAAUUUUUGGCACUUGGAACACAUUAUGGCAAAGUUUAUUUGUUAGAUGUCCAGGGGAAUAUUAUACAAAAGUUUGACAUUAGUCCAGUCAAGAUCAAUCAGAUUAGUCUUGAUGAAAGUGGUGAGCACAUGGGUGUCUGUUCUGAAGAUGGAAAGGUGCAGGUAUUUGGAUUGUACACAGGAGAAGAAUUCCAUGAAACAUUUGAUUGCCCGAUUAAAAUUGUUGCUGUUCACCCUCAGUUUGUGAGAUCGCAUUGUAAGCAGUUUGUAACAGGAGGAAACAAAUUAUUGUUAUUUGAAAAGAAUUGGAUGAAUAGAUGGAAGCAUUCUGUUUUACAUGAAGGAGAGGGACCUAUAAGGAGUGUGAAAUGGAGAGGAAAUCUGAUUGCAUGGGCCAACAAUAUGGGCGUGAAGAUAUUUGACAUGACUGCUAAGCAAAGAAUCACCAAUGUGCCCCGAGACGAUAUAAGCCUCCGUCCUGAUAUGUAUCCCUGCAGCCUUUGCUGGAAAGAUAAUUUAACACUGAUUAUUGGCUGGGGAAAUUCAGUAAAGAUAUGCUCAGUGAAAGAACGGCAUGCAAGUGAAAUGCGGGAUCUACCCAGUCGUUAUGUGGAAAUAGUGUCUCAGUUCAACACUGAAUUUUAUAUCAGUGGGAUAGCACCUCUCUGUGACCAGCUUGUCAUUCUUUCAUUUGUAAAGGAGAUUUCAGAGAAAAUGGAAAAAGAAUGUUGUGCCCGACCAAGACUUGAUAUAAUUCAACCAUUUCCUGAAUCUUGUGAAGAAAUAUCUUCCGAUGCACUCACAGUAAGAUGCUUUCAAGAAAAUGAAUGUCGAGAUUAUUGUUUAGAAUAUUCUGAAGGUGAAUCACUUUUUUAUAUUGUCAGCCCAAGCGAUGUGGUAGUGGCCAAAGAACGAGAUCAAGAUGAUCACAUUGAAUGGCUCUUGGAGAAAAAGAAAUAUGAAGAAGCUUUGAUGGCAGCUGAAAUCAGUCAGAAGACUAUUAAAAAGCACAAGAUUCAGGAUAUAGGUUUAGCAUACAUAAACCAUCUAUUAGAAAUUGGAGAUUAUGAUUUGGCCUCAAGAAAAUGCCAGAAGAUACUUGGCAAAAACACAAAUUUAUGGGAAUGUGAAGUAUAUAGAUUUAAAGAAAUUGGGCAACUUAAGGCAAUUAGCCACUAUUUGCCAAGACAAGAUUUGAUUCUGAAGCCUUUCAUUUAUGAAAUGGUUCUGCAUGAAUUUCUAGAGAGCGAUUAUGAGGGUUUUGCAACAUUAAUUAAAGAAUGGCCUGGGAAUCUAUACAACAAUCCAGUCAUUGUCCAUGCUGUAUUGGACCAUCUGAAGAAAGAUCCACAGAACAGGACAUUGCUGAAAACUCUAGCAGAAUUGUACACCUAUGACCAACGCUAUAGAAAGGCCCUUGAAAUUUACCUCACACUGAGACAUAAAGAUGUUUUCCAGCUGAUCCACAAACACAAUCUUUUCAGUUCCAUCAGGGACAAAAUUGUUCUACUAAUGGAGUUUGAUUCAGAGAAAGCCGUUGACAUGUUUUUGGACAAUGAAGAUAAAAUCUCUAUUGAUAAAGUUGUGGAAGAAUUAAAAGAUAGGCCUGAAUUGCAGCAUGUGUAUUUGCAUAAGCUGUUCAAGAGAGAUCAUCAUAAAGGACAAAAGUAUCAUGAGAAGCAAAUCAGUCUGUAUGCUGAAUAUGACCGGACAAAUUUACUCCCUUUUUUGAAAAAUAGCACCCAUUGCCCAUUGGAAAAGGCUCUUGAAAUUUGUCAGCAAAGAGUCUUUGUGGAAGAGACUGUUUAUCUUUUGAGUCGAAUGGGCAAUAGUCGAAGUGCCCUGAAAAUGAUCAUGGAAGAUCUAAAUGAUGUUGAUAAAGCUAUAGAGUUUGCUAAGGAGCAAGAUGAUGCUGAACUUUGGGAAGACCUUAUUUUAUAUUCAAUAGACAAACCUCCUUUUAUUACAGGCUUGUUAAACAAUAUAGGGACUCAUGUUGACCCUAUUCUGCUGAUUCAUCGUAUUAAGGAAAGUAUGGAGAUUCCAAACCUGAGGGAUUCAUUAGUAAAGAUUCUUCAGGAUUAUAAUUUGCAGAUUUUGCUUCGAGAAGGUUGCAAGAAGAUUCUUGUGGCUGACUCUCUUUCAUUAUUGAAAAAGAUGCACCGAACACAAAUGCGUGGACUGCUUGUGGAUGAGGAAAAUAUCUGUGAAAUAUGCCUGUCUCCUAUACUGCCUACAGAUGCAUCUAAAUCUUUCAGUGUAAUAGUAUUUCAUUGCAGGCAUAUGUUCCACAAAGAAUGUUUUCCUGAACCUAACACAGAAUCUUCAUUACACUUCUGUAAUAUUUGCAGUGCUAAACACCGUGGGCCAGGCAGCGCCAUCUUGGAGAUGAAAAAAUAACCUUCUAUGGCAUAUCAAAAACAUCUGUCUGUGUAUGUGACUGCUUUCAUGUGGGACAAAAAAACAGCACUUCAUAUAUAUCUUUCUUUAUUUAACUAUAUGAUAAGAAGGCCUUUAAUCUUACAUCUCACUGAUAUUUCCUAUACAAAUUUAAAGUCCUAUGCCCACAUGCAGGCUAUUGUUACUGACUCAUUAUUGCUGCAGUUCAAAUUGGUCACCUGUUUGGCCAAACUUAUAUAACAUAAUAUAAAUGUCUAUGGAAAAAUUAAUAGUGUUGAUACAGUAUGACUGCAAACUAAAUCAUGUUAUGCAGAAUGCAUUUUGAAUCUAUAUUUAUGGACAGGUUCAAACAUUAGUCACCAUUUAGAUAUUACUCAUUUUUUUCUUCUGAGGAUUCCAAACAGUUUUUGUUGGUAGCAAGACAGUCAGUGUUAAGAAUAUUUAAAUAUGCUUACAUAUUUAAAUAUUCCAGUGAUACUAGAUGCAGGCAGGUGCCUUUAAAAAGCUUAAAGACAAGAUUUUCCCUUUUGUCACUUGAAAUAAUCUAAUCUUCAGAAUUAUAUAUUAUACUUAAAGGGUUAGGCAAAUUUAUUGUGCUAUUACAUACACUUGGAAUCCCUUAGGAAUUUACAGAACUGAUUCAGAGAACAACUGAUCCUAGUAUCAUUGACCAUUGAAAAUACAGGAUGAUGAAAAUUAUAAUUUAAACUUCUAGAAAGAUUUCAGCAGGAAGAGGCUGAUCAAAACUUCUAUUAGUUAGCCAUGAUAGUUAUCUUUUAUGAUUUUUUUCAAAAUGAAAAUGAUGCUAAGCAGAUCUCAAGAAUGUACUUUUCCUCACUUCUGACUUGAACUAUCCAAAUAUAUUAGUAAUUUGUGGAAGAAAUAAACAAAGAGCAGCUGCUGAUCCUCUAGGUACAGAACAUUCAAAAAGUAACAAGGCUGGACAAAGUUAUAGUGGAAAUGGAUAACAGAUUGUUAAACAAUAUCCAUGUAUUUAUGUGUUAAAUUUUCAAUAAAGACAUGCUUUAAAUGAA